GUUUAUAAAACGAAAAAGUUUUUAAUAAAGCAGCAUUUGCAAGAAAUUGAUUUGAAACACGACACAUGCAAGAAAUUUGGUGCUUCUUCAAGCUGCUCGAAGUGCUGCUGGGCAUAGCCUGCCUCACAUUCCAUGCGCUGGGCUUCGUGCGAACCGAACCGCUCCCGCACAAUCUCUUCUAUUGCGGCACUUUUUCCUGCUUCGCAGUUCACUCACUCUUCGGCAUUUUUAACAUUUGCUGCGGACGAGGCCGCAACGAAAUGAUGGAGGCAAUAACCACUACUUUGGGCGCUACUGCACACUUCAUUGCCUCGCUGAUGUCGAUGUAUCAUGCGGAGAAUGAUUUUCAUCUGAUAUUUCUCUCCGAUUUUGAGGAGCCAACGCAUCCGUUCUUCUUUUAUUGCAAGGCACAAAGCAUAGCCGCACUAGCUACUGGCGGCAUGUAUAUGUUGCAUGCAACAUUCGCCUUUGAUGCUAUGCUCAUACGAGUAGAGCCAAAGAUGCCCCGUGAGGGGAUGGCUGAUGAGGAAAUGGAGGAGGAAAUGGAAAGGGUACCGCGCCAUCGAAGACGGAUUGAAAUGUUUGUGAUGGGGAAAUUGGUGCACACGAAACUGAUGCGCUUCAAAUGGUUCGAGAAGUUGGCUGUGAAACCAUAAUGGGAGGAAGGAAA